AAUGAUAGAGUCGAUAAAUAUUAUUAAUCAAUAUCGCCAUCAAUGCCAAAUUCGUCUUCUUCGUUAAUACUUUAUUCCAUGAUUUGACCUUCAUGAGUUGUCACCUGUAACUAUCAUCUACCAAGAACUCAGUUUAACCCAAUCUUUGUCUCCUAGCAAAUCAAGAGUGCAAGCUGAAUGGUAAAAUCAAGAAAGAAAGAACUACAGCUGUACUUGAACAGUAACAUUAGCUUGCAAACAAACUUUUCUCCAUUAUACAAGCUGCACCUAUCUUGGUUCUAGCACAUCAAACACAUACUUUCUUGGAUAUAGGAGCCCUAAGAUCUUCACUUGGAAAGUGAAUUACAGCAAACUGGCAAAGACCCACUUCAGGAUUUGUGCAGAAAUUUAGUGGGUAUGAGAAAGAAUCUAAAUUCUUCACUUAGUUUAGGUACAUUUCCAAGUCCAGGAGCAGGUAACUUUCAAGAAAAAGGAUGGUGCUCAGAAAGAGUACCGCAUCCAUCAGGAAGCAGCAGGAGGCAUAUAAGUGCCUUGACGCCUUUCUAUAGUGGCAGAACAAUGCCUUCUAAAUGGGAAGACGCAGAAAGAUGGAUUUGUAGUCCAGUUCUGGGCUAUGGUGUCACUAAGUAUUCACAGUGUCUACAUCAUCAAAGGCGUCCAAAAUCUAAAAGUGGACCAAUUGUGUCUCCUGGGAUUGCUUACUACUCGAAUUGUUCACCUUCAAUGCAGGUUGUUGACAGUAGCUCUGUAAGAAAUUUCAUUGCUAAUUCUCCGUUUUCGACUGGGGUUUUGAUGCCUAAGGGAUUAGUUCCUCAUUAUAACGGAGGUGGGAUUGGUGGGCAAACUAUUGUGGCACGUUCGGUUAGUGGACCUGGUUGGUCAGAUUUGCCCAGUGAGAGUUCAUCACCCAGUUCUCAAGACGAGAAAGUUGAUGGCAUCAAUGAUGCAGAAAAUACAGUCACUCGCGUGAUUUCAAGGAGAGAUAUGGCAACACAAAUGAGCCCUGAGGGUAGCACCUGCUCAUCACCUAGAGAAAGGUCCUCCUCUCCUCCCUCUAUCCCUCCCGUAGAACAAAGUGACCAUCCUGCUAAAUUGGAAAUCAGGGAAGUGCAGGUAGAUAAAAGAGCCACCCUGGUUAGCAGGACCACAAGGCAUGGUUCUCGCAGAAGUAAGAAAGGAUUGCCAGAUGUUCAGGACAUUAAUCAAAAUGCUUCAGACUCUCGCAUCUCAUUAUGGAACGUUUCAGAGGCAUCAUCAGAAUUUUCCAAAUUGCAAAGAGAGGAAGCCAAGAUAACAGCAUGGGAGAACUUGCAGAAGGCAAAAGCAGAGGCGGCAAUACGAAAGCUUGAGAUGAAACUGGAAAAGAAAAGAUCAUUAUCGAUGGACAAGAUUCUGAACAAGUUAAGAACGGCUCAGAUCAAAGCUCAGGAAAUGAGAAGCUCAAUACCAACCACACAGGAUCCUCAAACGCCCAAGAUAUCUCACAAAGCCUCAUUCUUUCAUAGGCAUACUCGGUUAACUUCAGUGAGCAGUUGCUUUACUUGCCGUGCUCCCUAAUUCUUUCUGUAAUGUGUCGCACUGUGAUCCAAUUUUGUAUGUCUGCUGUUUCUAGGCUCCAUUAUUUAGUUGCAGUUUAGAAAUUUUUUGUAUUAUCAGGUAGUUAACAAAUGGAUCACCAUGUAAAUUAUGAGAUCUAAUAAAUCAAACAAGUAUAUAAAGCAUCACUUGGGAACA